CAGUCUGUGGAGGGCUGAACACGGGCAGCCUUGAGGGCAGUGCCCAAGGAGCCUCACGCAGGCAGACUGCCCAGCUGGGAGCCCUGGGAGGGCCUGGCAGUACAGGGCCCCAUUGCCCGCCCCUACCUGUCCGUGCGUUGAGAGGAAGAGACCAUGGAGCCAGACAGGACGCAGAUAAAGCUUGACCCCAGGUACACUGAAGAUCUUCUGGAGGUCCUGAAGGCCAACUAUGGGAUUCCCUCCGACUGCUUCUCUCAGCCUCCCACGGCCAGCCAGCUUCUACAGGUCUUGGGUCCUACAGAAAUCGCACUCACUGUCAUCAUGACCUUGAUGGCCCUGAGUUCUGUGGUCAUAUACACGGAGGACGCAAUCUACCUGUACAAGAACACCCGGUGCCCCAUCAAGAGGAGGACCCUGCUCUGGAGCAGCUCUGCACCCACGGUCGUGUCUGUGUUCUGCUGCUUUGGUCUCUGGAUCCCUCGUUCCCUUAUGUUCGUGGAAAUGGCCAUAGUCUCGUUUUACGGAGCUUGCUUUUAUCUGCUGAUGCUGGUCAUGGUGGAAGGUUUCGGGGGCAAGGAAGCAGUGGUGAGGACACUGAAGGACACCCCCAUGAUGGUGCGGACAGGCCCCUGCUGCUGCUGCUGCUUCUGCUUACCGACACUCAGCCUCACCAGGAGGAAACUUCAGCUGCUAAUGCUGGGCCCAUUCCACUAUGCCUUGUUAAGGAUAGCCCUGGGCCUGGUGGGCCUCUUCCUCACCCCCGAUGGCAUCUAUGACCCAGCUGAUAUCUCUGAGACAAGCACGGCUCUGUGGAUAAACACUGUUCUCGGCGUGUCCACACUGUUGGCUCUCUGGUGCCUGGCCAUCAUCUUUCGUCAAGCCAAGCAGCACCUGGGAGAGCAGAACAUAGGAGCGAAGUUUGCCAUGUUCCAGGUCCUCCUCAUCCUCACUGCCCUGCAGCCUUCCAUCUUCUCAGUCUUGGCCAAUGGUGGACAGAUUGCUUGUUCGCCUCCUUUUUCUUCUAAGAUCAGGUCUCAAGUGAUGAAUUGCCACCUCCUCAUAGUGGAGACAUUCCUGAUAACAGUGCUUACACGAAUGUACUACAGAAAGAAGGAUGAUAAGGUUGGAUAUGAGCCUUUCGCAUCAUCAGACUUACAUUAGAACCUUAAAACAAGAAGUGGAUAAUGUGGACAAUCAGAGACUCUAUGCUCAUUUGAGGGCACAAGAUUUCUCCAUUGAUUUCCUCAACCUUGACAAAUGGGGAAGGAUUCCAUUGUCAGCACCAGCUGACUUAUUGCACUUGACCUCAGAGAUGAAGGUGAAUCAUGCAACAGUUGUUUGCUGCAUCCAGAGAAAGGCAUUUUAAAUUUUGUAAUAAACAUACAGGAUACAGUUUGAUACUCUAA